AUGCCACCCAGCGACGGCCUCAGGCAACGCUUCGGAAUGACACCCGAGGCAGCCACCCACGUGCCAAGCCUCGCUCGAUCUUUCUCUCUCCCGUUCGCGCAACUUCCGAAUCGUCCUUCUCCUCCCUUUCGUACUCCCGUCACCCAUCCCUCCUUGUUCAUGGACAGUCCGGACCCGUCCUCCAAAGACCGUCCGGGUAAAGCUCCUGGCAGACCAACAAAACGUCGUAAAAUUGCCGUCGCCUGUGAUGAAUGCCGGACUCGCAAGAUCCGCUGCGACGGCAUCCAACCGGUAUGUGGUCCGUGCAUGAAGAAGUCCGACCAGGGCGUGCAGUGUGUCUAUACGGGGGAGCCGGAGAAGAAACGUGCUGUACGGAAUUACAUUGCGACCCUAGAAAGGCGUAUCAGACAUUUAGAGACUCCGGAAUGUGUCCCGACAGCAGUAGAAUCCAAUGAUGGCGGUCAGAACUCUCCUCGUUUCAUCUCGCACCAGAACUCGGAAUCACCUUUGUCUUCCAACGUGCAGCGACAUAUAAGAAACAUCCCUAGCACCACCGCUGGAGGCCAACCUUCUUCCACGUACAACGUCUCGCCCGGGGCCAGUCUCGCCGGUGCCCACGGACCAUGUUUCUCCCCAUCUCACAAUUUGCCAGAUCAGCCGCUUCGGUCGGAAAAAUGUGUAGAUGGCGUGAAUGCGAUGAUGGGUGCAGUAGAAGAAGGGCAGCCGGCCCAAGGCUUCUUUGGCAGCUCUAGUGCGGCCAGUUUCAUGCGUCAGAUAAAGCAGGCUGUAGACAAACGUGUCCCGUCGUCAUGUCGACCAGCGUCGGAAUCGGUCCUGGGAGUGGCGCCAUCCCCCAGUCUCGUCGCGACGAAGGCAAUGCCAUCUACCGUGCCCAGUUACGUUCUUCCUCCAAGAAAGACAGCCGACAGCCUCAUGGAGGUUUACUGGUGCUAUGUCUUUCCACUGUAUCCACUGGUCGACAGUCUUCAUCUGCGAGCAGAAUACGCGAGGAUCUGGACGGGCGAGGCGCUGGAAUCGGACGAGAACAUGCUGAUGUGCACGUUCAACGUCAUCUUUGCUCUAGCUUCGCAGCUGGCAGAUUUUAUUCCUCCGGAGGAGCGGGAAUCGUCGGCAGAUACCUUUUUUUCGCGUGCAAAGGACCUUUUUCAGUUUAAUCUUUGGAAUACUGGAUCUGCUGGUUUGAUUCAAUGCUUGCUUCUCAUGGCACAAUACUUGCAAAGCACGGACUCGGCGCAUCAAUGCUGGAUAGUCACUGGCUUGGCCGUUCGGAAUGCGCAGAGCCUUGGUUUACACCUUCCGCAGACCGUUUGUCGCCUUCGAAAUCCACAGGAACAGCAGCUAGCGCGCAAGAUCUGGCACGGUUGCGUGCUGAUGGAUCGAGUUAUAUCAAUGACCUUCGGUCGUCCAGCUAUGAUAUCCAAAGCGUCAAGCAACUCAGUUCCGCUUCCGGUCGUGGUUGAUGAAGAGCAUAUUCCAGCGUAUUCAGGUGCUCAAGCCAAGCAACCGAACGACCGACCGUCCAUCAUGGCUUUCUACGCUAAAUCUCUCGAGCUAUAUGAGAUCCUCAAUGACAUUCUGCUGAGUCUGUAUAACAAACCGGUGCCCGACGAAAGCCCUGAAGACAUGUAUGACUUCUAUUUCGAUAAGGAGAUAAGCCAAGGCGAGCGGACAAUAUUUGAUCUUGACCGGGCCCUGACCAAAUGGACACGAACUCUUCCGUUGCAUUUGCGUGACCCUUCGUCUCUUCGAUCAGACAACAUAAUAUUUCGCCGACAGAGUGUUGUCCUACGAGCUAGGUUCCUGCACGUCCGCAUGCUUUUGUUUAGGCCCGUUCUUUCUAAGUACUGCACGGCUCGUGAAAUUGCCGUAGCUGAUCCACUGAUAUCUCUGGUUGACUCUUUUCCCCAUCGCGUUGCGCUGCAGUGCUCUGUAAUAUGCGUUAAGGUCGCUCAAGAAGUCAUUGUUCUAAUUCGUGACAAUAUUCCGACGGAUGGAAGCUCAGGUCCACUACCAGCAUGGUGGUACAACAUUCUCUAUGUCUACACGGCGGCCACAGUGUUGAUUGCAGGCCGUCUUUGUCCAUCCGUUGUGGAAGAAAUAACCGACGCGGCCAUAUCACGAUCUUGGAACGAUGCGCUUGGGAUUCUGCGGAAGUACCAAAGUUAUAGUGCUUCUGCAAGACGAUGUGUUGCCGCCCUCGAAAUUCUAUAUGAAAGUGUUGCGUCAGAAGCGUCUCCAUCUCACGAGCAACCGCCGAGUCACCAAGCGCACAGCACUACAUUGAACGCGACAAAUGAUAUGUCGCUUGGAGAGGGAAUGAAUGCCAUUCUUAUCGAUGGUUUCGAUUUAACAGAUUUUCAGGAUAUGUCGUGGCUAAACAGUGUGCCCAGCAGUCUUUACUAG